AUGCUAUUCACUUUGUUUCCCUCUUACGGUUUGAAGAUCACACUUGUGGCGGUGUGCUUCUCGCUCCUCAUUGUUAAUCGCUACAGAGAGUUAUACAAUUCUCAGAAAGUUUUCAAGCAAUGGGAGCUUGUCCUAGAUCCAACCAUCAACCCUGUCCUCGGUUUCUCUCGAUGCCCUCGUUGUGUUUCCCUUCUCAACCCUGAUUGCAUGAGAAAGAGGUGGCAACAAGCAAUUUCAAACCUCAAAAUUUUCUUGAUGAAGACUUAUAACCAGAAUGGACUUCAGGGUGAUAGGGAAUGGCCUGCUGAAGUUAAUUAUCUUGGGGAACUCGGUCUUCUAAAUCUAGUUAAAUUGAUUGGUUAUUGCAUUGAAGAUGAUAAAAGGCUAAUAGUAUAUGAGUUCAUUCUUCGUGGAAGCUUGGAGAAUCAUCAUUUUAAGAUAUUCAUGUCGUGUGCAGCAUUGAAUAAUGUGAAAGAGUGUUCACUUAGGCCAAUUUGA